AUGGCGCCUAUGAUUGAGGACAGUGUCUCUCACGGCACCACCACAGCCAGCAGCAACCCCGUCGGCAAACCCACGCUGUACUCCAAUGUAGAUGAAGAGGGACUUCAGGCCGCGGCGUCCAAUUGUCUAGCCAACUACGGGACCAAGUUUGAGAAAGACAUCGUGGUCGGUAGCAGGGGGUUGUACGUCUACACUGCCAACGGCCACAAGGUCCUUGACUGGACCUCGGGUCAGAUGUCAUGCUUGAUCGGACAUGGACACCCGGAAAUUGUGUCUACGAUCCACGACCAUGCCGAGAGUCUCGACCAUCUCUUCUCGGGAAUGCUGUCGCCACCCGUGAUAAAUCUGGCCAAGAGGCUGACGUCCGUCCUGCCUCACGGUCUCGACAAGGCCUUCUUCCUGUCGACAGGGGGUGAGUCCAACGAAGCCGCCAUCAAGAUGGCCAAGGUCUACACUGGCAAAUUCGAAAUAGUCGGCUUGGGUGCAAGCUGGCACGGUGUUACCGCUCAGGCCUUGGGGACACAAUACCAUUAUGGACGCAAAGGACAAGGUCCUAUGAUGCCGGGGAUGCACAUGCUACCCCCGCCAAAUGCCUACCGAUCCAUUUUCCGCAACCCCGACGGCUCGUAUGACUGGGAGACUGAACUCAACUAUGGCUGGGAUCUGAUUGAUCGUGCGUCUUGCGGAUCGCUGGCUGCAUGCAUUGUCGAGUGCAUUCAGUCCUCGGCUGGUAUGCACGUGCUCCCGCCGGGGUACUUGAAAGCCUUGAAGAAGCACUGCGAGAAGCGAGGCAUGCUGCUCAUCGUCGACGAGGCACAGACUGGUGUCGGGCGCUGCGGAGACCUCUUUGCGAUCGACCAUGAAGGCGUCGUCCCCGACAUCCUGACCCUCAGUAAGACCCUGGGCAAUGGCUUACCUUUGAGCGCAGUCGUCACUAGCUCUGAGAUUGAACGUGUUUGUACAGAGAGAGACUACUGCUUCUACACCACCCACGUGAAUGAUCCCUUGCCCGCAGCCGUGGGAGACAAGAUCUUGGAGAUCGUGGUCAGGGACGGUCUCGUGGAGCAUUCCCGCACUCUGGGGCUGAGGUUACAGGCCGGGUUGCAGAAGCUCAAGGACCGCUACGGGUGCGUGGGCGACGUCCGAGGGAGAGGGUUGAUGGCCGGGUUGGAAAUUGUGGGAGACCGCGAGACCAAGGCGCCGGCCCUUGAGCUCGCGAGCAGGAUUGCUGACAAGAUGUACCAGCUGGGACUCUGGGCGAAUUUGAGCAGCCAUUCCAGCUUCGGCGGCGUUUUCAGAAUAGCGCCACCGAUCGUACUCACUGAAAAGCAACUGGAUGAGGGCCUGGAGAUCAUGGAGAACGCUUUCCGUACGACUGAAGGAACAAUGCCGUUGUAUUGA